AUGGGCAACAGCCUGAAAGCCAUAGUUGCUUUUGUGCCCUCCGACGAGUGCCAGAAGUACCUCCUGGAAGACCUAGAAGAGAUGCCAGUGGAUAAAAUGGUGGACCUGAGCGGCAGGCAGCAGCCUCUGCACAUUUGCUCUUUUAGGGAACUGGUGAAGCUGUACCUGAGCGACAACAACCUGAACCAUCUGCCCCCCGAGCUGGAGCAGCUGCAAAACCUGCAGAUCCUGGCGCUGGACUUCAACAAUUUCAAAGCGCUGCCCCUGGUCGUGUGCACGCUGAAGCAGCUGUGCAUCCUCUACCUGGGCAACAACAAGCUCUGCAGCCUGCCCCUGGAGCUCCGGCUCCUGCAGAACCUCAAGGCCCUCUGGAUCGAGUCCAACUGCCUGCACUGCCUGCCCGAGGUGGUGUGCGAGCUCAGCCUGCUCAAGACCCUGCACGCCGGCUCCAAUGCGCUCCCCGCCCAGCUGCGGUGCCUGCGGGAGCUGCGCACCAUCUGGCUCUCGAGCAACCUGCUGUCCGAGUUCCCCCCCGUGCUCCUGGACAUGCCUUCUCUGGAGGUGAUCGACGUGGAUCGCAACUCCAUCCGGUUCUUCCCCAGCCUGGUUCAACUCCCCGGCCUGAAGCUGGUGAUCUACGACCACAACCCCUGCAGGAACGCACCCAAGGUGGCCAAAGGGGUGCGCAGGGUGGGGAGGUGGUCAGAGGAGAGCCCCGAACCCCGCAAGCGGUCCGGGGCGGUGGUAGAAAUCACGCUCAUUGAGAAACCAUCGCCGUCUCCUGCCACCAGGCUCGAGGCAGAAGCCGAGCCCUGCUGA